GAUUGCUCCUGUGAGCCGUCGUGCAUUGACUCUAUGUAUUCUUCGCUUGCUUCAGAUUUCAUGCCCCACGUCCUACGCGCGCUCUAGAAGACGGCCCUCCAUAACAUGGGGGAGCAUCCCUCGUUGCUCCAUUCUCUUCACGGUCGCGACCACUCCACCUAUGACAUAGCUCAGACUUGCCGAUAUGCGCGUUCGUGCACGCUCCAUACACAUGAACUCCUAUAAGUGUCUUCCCUUCCAGCGCCGACGACUCCAGUACACCACGCUCGGCUUUCCAACGACUCUUUACGACGUUCUUGACCUGUUCACAUUCUGACCUCACACUUCCCCGAUAGAAUUGACGACAGCAGCGAGGGCCGACGAUGUCGCACAAGCUUGCGGAGCCCUACUCGGGCAAGAACCCUGUGCCAAAGAUCACCACGAAGCUCACCUCGCUCUUGAAUCCCGAGAAGGCCACCGAGGCCAAAGCGAAACAGGUGCAAGACAGCCCCGGGAAGAGGCUCGUCAAGGGACACGCCAUGCGAACGACAGACCCGACGACUGGAGAGGAGCUGACCAUUCGGAACGCGGACCCGAAAAUGGAGGCUGAGUGGGAGGAGGAAGGCGGAGAGAAUGUGUUGAGCCAUGUGUUUCCGCCUCCAGACAUUGACAUGCAUCGCAAGGUCAUGCUGUCCUCGACAUCCACCGCCAUUCUAUACAUUUCAGCAGGUUACACAUGCGCCCUGCUCGUCGCUCUCCUGUUUGGCUCAUAUCUCUGGUUAUGGCCCGUCAUACUGUUGCCUCCCAUCUUCCUUGCGUACAGCAUGCAUUUCCGCGUCAAGAACGCGUCUCAGAACGACUUCCAGAACCGUAUAUGGCAUUCGGAGCGCGUGCGCGGUCUACGCGCGGGUGACGACCUAGACCGCAAUGGCAAUGUCGCAACAGAGGAACGGACGAAAGAAAGUGUAGAAUGGGUCAACUCGGUGCUGAGGGGCGUGUGGCCUAUCAUUAACCCUGACAUGUUCAGCUCGCUCGUGGACAUGGUCGAAGACAUCAUGCAGUCUAGUGCACCGUCAUUUGUUCACUCUGUUCGAAUUGCCGACUUGGGCCUCGGCUCGAACGCGGCGCGCAUGACGUCGAUCCGCUCCUUGCCCGACGCGGACGGCAGCAAAGACGGUGACGGGAUCUCCGAGUCGCUCGAGGUGGACUCCGCAGACAUGUCGCCAGAGGAGCGGGACGCUCUGGGCGGCGACCACGUCAACCUUGAGGUAGGGUUCGCAUACCGCGCGGAACCAAGCGGGGAGUCCGCGCAGAGCAAGGCGAAGAAUAUACACUUGCUGGUGGAGUUCUUCGUCGGCUUAACGGGAGUCUUUGGUGUCAAGUUUCCUGUCUGGGUCGAAGUGACCGGAGCGAUAGGGACGGCGCGCGCGCGUGUCCAACUGAUCUCCAACCCGCCAUUUGUCAAAACAACGAUGAUAACCCUGCUCGGUUUGCCCCAUAUCACUAUCAAGGUCGUGCCACUGAACGAGCGGCUUCCAAACAUGAUGAACAUCCCCUUUAUCUCCGGGUUCAUCUCGAGCGCGAUCAACACCGCUGCGGCUGAAUAUGUCGCGCCGAAGAGCCUGACCCUCGACCUCCAAAAGCUGAUCAGUGGAGACGACAUCAAGAAAGACACGGAGGCACUUGGUGUGUUGAUAGUCCACAUUCACCGUGCGACUGGCCUGGCAAAGGCGGAUACGAACGGGUCAUCGGAUCCAUACAUCACACUUACGUUCUCGCGGCUUGGCAAACCACUGUACUCAACGCGGAUUAUCAUGAAUGACCUGAACCCGGUAUUCGAGGAGACGGCCAUUAUCCUUGUGGACGUCAACACCGUGAAGCUGAGGGAGAAGCUGAGCUUCCAGCUGUGGGAUAGCGAUCGCAUGAGCCUGGACGACAUGCUCGGCUACCACGAAGUCGAUGUUGUCGAGCUGGUCAGGCAACGAGGGAAACCCGUCCGGCGCGUCUCCACUCUCUCCUCUCCUGAUUCCCACCACCGCCCCGGAAACGUCGAGUACACCGUGGGGUACUACGGCAAGCUCUUACCCAACGCUGCGCUAUCCACGGAUGGUGUGGACCCUGGCAUCCCGGACGACCUCCGGCAGAAGCCAGAGUUCAAGGAGGCCCGGGCGGUCGCGCUCGAUGAUUUGGAGGCGGACGUUUUGACUACGCCGCCUGAUCAGGAGUGGGUCAGCGGAAUUCUGAGUGUACAGGUGCAUGAGAUCCGAUAUUUGGCAGUUCGGAGAGGCGAGAAGUCGAGCGAGGGAAUGGGGGCCAAGGGUCAAGACGAUUCAGACGAAGCGCGGGAAGAGGGUGAAGAUCUGCCAUCCAGUUACUGCACUAUAGCGUUGAAUGACGAACUGGUGUACGAGACCCGCGUGAAGCCAAUCACCAGCUCGCCUAUGUUCAAUGCCGGGACAGAGAGGUUCAUCAGAGAUUGGCGCAAGGCACACGUCACUGUCAACGUCAAAGACUCUCGGAUGCGAGAGAAUGAUCCAGUACUCGGCGUAGUCUUUCUGAAGCUUUCUGAGCUUCUGGUGAAUGCGUCUGAAGUUACCCGCUACUGGUCUAUCGAGCAGGGUAUCGGUUAUGGCCGCAUCCGCAUCUCAGUGCUCUUCCGACCUGUGAAGCAAAGCUCCCACCCAAUCUUCUGGCUUCGAAACGGGACACUCGAGAUCCGCGACAUUGCCGUGCAGUCAGGGAAAUUUCUCGGACUGCGAGGUGCGUAUGAAGGUCACUACCAUACCCGCCGAACAGAAGGUGUCCGAAAACAAGCGGAGAAACGUGACGAUGAGACGUGUGGAGCCACAAGACACCUCCAACUUGUUGUCGACAGCGAUACGGGGCAGCUCUACUGGUUCUUCCGCGACGCCAGCGGUUUCAAGACGUCGGCGCGCAAGCCCUCGGCGUACUAUGGCUCCCACGGAGACUACUCCCGACUGAAGCUCAAUUACGUCCCGCCUGACGGCGAUCUGUCGUACUGGGAUUCGGACAGGGAGAAGAUCGAACGCAUCGGUUCGGUCUUCUUGGACAUUUGCUUCAAGCCGGGCAUCUCUGGUCUCCAUCACCAGCUACUCAAAGGCGAGGGUGCCAAGAAGCGCCAGGCCUGGGAUGAGUAUGAUAGGCAGGAGGCCGGAGGGAUGCGGGACGACGUGGGGAAGAUGGGCGUCGAGUCUACGGCGGAGAAUCAUCAGCCGAAGGAGAGUAACGAACGAACUAUGAGCGGUGGUCCGGUGAAUGCGGCGGGAGGCGAUACAUCGUCGGCGGGCGUUGGUGAUGAAAGCAGGACGGAAGGCACGAAUACGGUCGUCUCUUCCGACGCAGCGGAGACCGAGGAGCAGACGCUCGAGCACCCCGAGGAACACACAGAGGAAGCUGAGCGACGGGAUGAGGAGUCCAGCGAACAAGACGGCGAGUCCGAGAGCAAGGGUCCCAUCGAGAGGUUCAAGGAUUGGCGACAGCAUGAAAAGGAGCUGCAUCGUGGUCACCGUGGCGUCAUGCAGGCGAAGCCCGCGCGCACUGCCCAGUGGAUGAAAGACAACGUUGAGGAAGGCGUACAUGCAGUCAAAGAGCGCAUGAAAAUGCAUGCGAAGCAGCCGGAUGUCGAGACCGAGGUCUAA